GGGUCGGGGUAGUGGGUGCCGCUCUCCAAGUCAAGCUCGAUGUGCUUGUUCGGUCAUCUCUAGGCCCGUCGGCGGGUAGGCGUGACGGGGGGUGGCAUGUGCGACGACGAUUUACUAAAUCUCGUUGCGUCACCGUGGACGUGAAUCCGAAGUUCGCAGCCGAUGUCAUUGUUGAUGUCAUAAAUUGGAUAGCUGAGCACCGGCAAGGAUGGUUUGACGUGAUCUGGAUCAGCCCCUCAUGCAAAGAAUACUCGAACUCGAAGACCGUUGGUGUGCGCGAUAUAAAGGGUGCGGAUGCUGUGGCGAUGUCGUGCUUGGUGCAUCUCGAGGCCUUGGACCCGCUCGUUUACUUCAUCGAGAACCCUCAGUCGUCGAUGCUGUGGAAACGUCCGUUCAUGAAAACGUACUUGCAUGGCAUGUACACGUGCACGUACUGCAUGUACGGUAAGUUGUACAUGAAGCCGACGAACAUUUGCUCGAACAUCCAUCUUGAGCUUCGCCGUUGCGCUGGUGAAUGCCGUUGCGAGCACGUCCAGUUAGUCUACGACGAGUUCGGACACUUCUUGCACCCUCACUUAUCGCAAUCCGGAGAUAAACUACACCACUGUGGGUUUUUUCAAAAAGGGACUCCUGAACUCGAGGCGGCCACGGUUCCCGAGAACUUAGUAGACGACCUCCUCGAUCAAGCGUUGACAUGGUUGGAGCGUCAAGGACAUUCUCGAGCGCACCAACGAUGAGCGACGACAACG